AUGUGCUUUUUUCACGCCACAUCGACCCCGCUGUCCCCUUCUUUUAUGACUAGAUCUGCUCCGGGCACCCAUUGUAUCAGCCUUCAUCUCGCCACCAUCAUGAGUUUGUUAGCUCUGAACGACGAUAUCCUCCGUACCAUCGCCGAAAUGCUUUCCGCCGCGGAAUGCAUCUCUCUCUCGUCGUAUGUGUUCGCAUCCAUCACUGUUUCGCGCAUGGAACAGCUCGUCCCGAUGCACGACCACCUCAUCCGUAACAUCGACAAUCGCCUGAUCUGGCCUCGGGAGUUGAGUAUCCAUUACUCGAUGACAAUGAGGCGGCCCGCGGAUGCAGCUAUCGAUGCGCUGGUAGGCAUCCUCGAGCACGCCCGGGAGCUGAAGGUUUUGGCGGUCCGCAAUUGUGAGGAGUUGAUUCACCGCGAUGCACGGGUCGGGGAGCAUUUGGCCGCACUGCCAAAUCUCUCGGACAUCCGCCUGAUCAGUAUCGGGACCAAAACGCUUGACGUCCUACGCAAAAUGGUCAGCAGACCGGAGCGAGCUAUGCUGUCGGCAGCUCUACACCAUCAAGCUCCAACAGACAUUGCUCGGUUACCCGCGCUGGACAACGUCAAGGAGCUCACACUCGAUUUCUUUCUUGCAGCAUCUCAACCGCAGCAUCUUUCCAGCUUUGCCGGGGCCUAUCCACAGAUAGAGAUUCUGUGCAUUCACGCUAGCGCCGUGUACCCCAGUCUCAUUCUGUUUCCCAACGUACGGAAGUUGACACUGUGCGGCAGUACUAGUGCCCUCUGGGAACACAACCUACCAGUCGCUGGCCAUCGCAUGAAGCGACACUUGGACUACUUAGACGUUGCGACAAAGGAUCUACCUAUCAUCUCGACCCUAGGCAUCCGAAGUGAUUCACUACAUAUAAAUAUCCGUUUCGAUUCCCCGGAGGUAGAUAAUACCGAACUUGUUUCUGCCGCUGCCGUCCUGCGGUUGCACUUGCAGCAGUCCGGAUGUGACGAGCGCUGCGUGGCAUUGGCGCGGAUGGUUUCAACCAACUCGUCAAGAGUACGGUACCUUGUGUUGACGAUCAAUUCCCCGUGUCAAGACCUGCCCUUAGUGGUGACCCAGUGGAUUGACAACAUUACCCCUUUGCUGUCGUCUUCGCAGCUCAUUUGCAUACGGGUCCAUCUGGUUCACAGAGAUCAGGUUACAUGGGAGCGAGGGGACGCGCACCGCUUCCUGCAGCUGCUGGAAGGCGCUCACAUAUCCGCAAUACCCUCGCUUCGGUUCUACUUUCAAGGACGUGGCGAAGGGGGCAUAGACGAUCCCUCUGUGAUAACCUGGGGACGGGUUGAGGGCGAUGAAGGCCGUCGCACGGUGCAGCCGAUCCCCAAUUGGCAGGGCGAGAGGAUCCACCGCUAUCUGCAGUCUUCGGAGUUCUGUCGUACAUUACGAUUCGACGAGGUAGCAGCGCUGAAUUACACCGGCCGGUGA